UCUCUUUCAACACCAUAAAUUUUUCCUUCCAUUUUUGAGCCUCCCUUUAAUUACAGAAUCACGGGGGAGCGUCGGCGCGUGUUGCCCCACCGCCUCCCCGUUAUAUAUAUCUCUCUUCCAAAUCAACAGAUUUGAUGUGGAAACAAAAAGUUAAACAUCAAUUUCAAUAUAAAUAGAGAUAGAGAGAGAGUGGCGUCGUUUCUUGAUUAAUUGAUUCCAAUUUGUGUUGAGGUUGGUGGAAGGAAGGAGAGAAAAAAUGGCGACAUGGGGCAGCCUCACUCACUACCUUUCCUUGAAAACCAAGAAAACCAGCCUCUACCUGAUGGCCGCAACCACCGUCCUCUGCUCCCUCUUCUACCUCAUCGGAAUCUGGCAGCACGACGGCGCCGCCGCUGCCCUCCUCCCCUCCGCCGCAUGCACCACCACCGCCGCGCCCUCCUCCGUCCCCGCCGCCGCGUCGUCGGAGCUCGACUUCACCCCGCACCACACGGCGGAGCUGCUCGUGCCGCUGUCCUCAGCGGCGCGUGCGGCGCACCUCCCGCCGUGCGAGGCGGGGCUCUCCGAGUACACGCCCUGCCACGACACGCAGCGGUCGCUGCGGUUCGACCGGGAGAUGCUGGCGUACCGCGAGCGCCACUGCCCCGAGGCGGGGGAGGCGCUGCGGUGCCGGAUUCCGGCGCCGCAUGGCUAUACGACGCCGUUCCGGUGGCCCGAAAGCCGGGACGAGGUGUGGUACGCUAACGUGCCGCACAAGCACCUCACGGUCGAGAAGGCGGGCCAGAAUUGGGUCCGCUUCCACGGCGACCGCUUCAAGUUCCCCGGCGGCGGCACCAUGUUCCCCCGCGGCGCCGAUGCCUAUAUCGAUGACAUCGGAAAAUUGAUCAACCUCGCCGAUGGCUCGAUCAGAACCGCCAUUGAUACUGGUUGUGGGGUCGCGAGUUGGGGAGCGUACUUGCUCUCUCGGAACAUCCUCCCAGUGUCCUUUGCGCCAAAAGACACACACGAAGCGCAGGUCCAGUUUGCCCUCGAACGGGGUGUCCCGGCCCUAAUUGGGAUCAUGGCGACCGAGAGGUUGCCAUACCCUUCUAGGGCAUUCGACAUUGCUCAUUGCUCGCGAUGCCUCAUCCCGUGGGGACAGUAUGAUGGCCUCUACUUGAUCGAAGUCGAUAGGAUUCUACGGCCCGGAGGCUACUGGAUCCUCUCUGGACCGCCCAUCAACUGGGAGAAUCACUGGAAGGGAUGGAACAGAACACGGGACGACCUCGACACAGAGCAGAGGGGGAUCGAACGGGUUGCUAAGAGCCUAUGUUGGAAGAAAUUGGUGCAGAGGAAUGACCUUUCUAUUUGGCAGAAGGCGACUAAUCACAUGCAUUGUAAAAAGAACAGGAAAAUCUUCAAGAAACCUCAAUUUUGCCAGAGCAACAAUCCUGAUCAAGCUUGGGGCACUAAGAUGGAAGCCUGCCUGACCCCUCUGCCCGAUGUUUCGGACAUCAAGGAGGUAUCGGGAGGCCCUGUGGCCCGUUGGCCGGAGAGGCUGACAGCCGUUCCCCCAAGGAUCCGGAGUGGAAGCAUCGAGGGUGUAACAGGAGAGACAUUUGAGAAAGAUACCGAACUUUGGAAGAGUAGAGUUGCACAUUAUAAGGCUCUUGAUUUUCAGCUAGCUGAGAAGGGGAGGUAUAGGAACUUGCUUGACAUGAAUGCUGGAUUGGGAGGCUUUGCGGCUGCUCUAGUCGACGACCCCGUGUGGGUGAUGAACGUGGUCCCUAACGAGGCUGAUACCAACACGCUCGGGGUCAUCUUCGAGCGCGGGUUAAUCGGGACCUACCAAAAUUGGUGUGAAGCAAUGUCUACUUAUCCAAGAACAUAUGAUUUCAUUCAUGCAAAUGGCUUAUUCACAUUGUAUAAGGGCAGAUGUGAAAUUGAGGACAUUCUGUUGGAGAUGGACCGGAUCCUCCGGCCUCAGGGCAGUGUGAUCAUACGUGAUGAUGUGGACGUUUUGGUGGGCGUGAAGAGUGUGGUGGAUGGGAUGCAAUGGGAGAGCAGGAUGACUGAUCAUGAAGGAGGGCCUCAUGUGAGGGAGAAGCUGCUCAUUGCGACCAAGCAGUAUUGGACUGCACCAGCUAGUCAAGAGUAAAACCAAUCAAGAAACGACAUUGUUUGACGUCGUCUUCUUAAGAAAAAAAGAUUUGAAGAUGAGGGGCGGCUACGGUGUUUUCGACUGACCUUAGGCCCUCCUGGCGGUUUGGGAGGGGCGGUCGCUCCUUUCCACCUCCUAAAUCCGCCACAGCUGGCUACAAACAUUGCACCAUAGCAUAUUUCUAACCUUUUUUCUCA